AGCAGGCUCUAGUAGGAGACAGGGAGGAUGUGAGAAUUGUGAGAACAGGGUCCCUGCUAUGUCAGUCUGCCAAAUCUGGUCCCCCACCCUCAGAUUCACUCCCUAGGUGUGUUUGUUUACUGCUCCCUCCCUGUCUCACUCAGAUGCUCCAUCUCUCCAACUCUAGGAUCUCUGGGUGCAGAUCAGAUUCUCCCAGACUCCUGAGCCCCGGGUCCAGCCAUGGGCACCUCCAGCAUCUUCCUCUGCAUUCUGUUUCUCGGUGGGGCACUGGAUAAGGGUCUCGCCACUUCCCCUGCCCGGAGACGGCUCCACUGUUACACCUGCAACUUCGCCAAACCCUGCUACCCUGUUCCUACCGAGCGUCAGGAUGAUGAAGUUUGUGGCAUCAGUAUUGGUACCUCAGAGAACAGUGAGGUCAUCGAGCGGAAAGCCUGCCUCCCAAGGACCCAGCGCUCUCUGCAGGGCCAUGCCACCUACCGGUCACUCUCCUACACUCCUCGGCACCACUGCUGCGAGCAGGACCUGUGCGAUGCAGCCACCAUGCCGCAUCGGCUCCCCAGGCUCCUCCUUAUCACCCCGCUCAUCCUCGUGGCCAGCCUCACCUGGGGAGCCCACCUCCUCCACCAGCCUGCAGCCCAAGGCUCUUCCACUAUCGCCAUGGCCCUGGAAACACAUUCACACACUUCUGAGAUCUGCCCAAGAACCUGAUCUUGUACAGAGACCUCACACCCCUUGGGCCCAGCACCUUCACGGACCCCUCCCCAAACCCGAUUCCUACAGGCACUGCUCUAGCCUCUUCCUGCCCAGAGGCACCUACCCGGAGCCCAGCCUCAUAAGGAACACCUGUUCUAAAUCUCUGGUCUUUUCUAAAUGUCUGUGGCUGAUGCAUUCUCUCAGCCCCAGCUCUCUGGCAAGGCAGGCGUUUGACAGAGCUGUGGGUCCCAGGCAAGGGGAUCGAAGGGGCACCAGGUGUGAU